AAAAGAAAGGCGUUGGUGAUAGUCAGUUCUUGACCGAUUGCCAUUACAACAAAAAACAACCACACGACGUGUCGUAUUUUGUUAGGGAGCGAAGUUAUUUGUUUGAGUUGAUGCCAGGCGAGCUGAGUAGCACUCCAACUUCCAUUCAUUUACGUCUACUGCUGUGAGUUGACUGGGCCGAGGUUGAAAAUAAUAUUUUUUUCAAAAUGUCAAACUCUAUUAUUUUACACCUUGAAUCGGUGUGGGAAAAUGCUGAGCUUUGAGUUGAUUUCACAUUACACCCCUGUAUUUUCUCAAUGUUUGUGCAAAUAUAGCUGUGCCUUUGGAUAUGCAUACAUACCUUCUUAUUAAAAACACCGGCUUCUACUUCUAGAUCAACGUCUACGGGACAGCGUCGUUUUGAUUCCCCGUACCAGCCCGGUGGCUAACUGGCUGCUGUCUUGAUGAGUGGAAUUUUGCUGCCGAUAGUCGGGUCGGCUAGUUAGACUUAGAAGUUACAGACUGUCAUUGUCUAGUGACUAUGGAAUCGGAUACUCCAAUGGCAGUGCACCCUUUCCAGUGCCAGUUCUGCGAAGCGGUGUUCUCAUCCAGUAUUCAAAUGGCCCAACACUGGCAAGACCAGCACCAGGAAGACCGCAUAGAACAGGAAGCACCUAUCUACCAGCUCCUGCAGACAUCACCCUUUGCCCUAACCAGGUCCAUGUCCAACAAUGUAAGUGAUGUCGUCAAGGAUAGCGAUGGCAUAACUGCUACCAACCAGCACAUCUCUUUUGAAGAGUGUACCAUGAGGCAUGGUGCGUAUGAAGAGAAAUUAGAUUCAGAGAUCUCCCAUCAAGGACACAUCCAAACCCUAGCUCCAGAGAGCUCAAAGGAAAUCCCUAAGUCUGUCAAGCCUUCAGAAUCCAAUGCUGUUGUCAGCAAGGGAAAGAAAGACUUCUGUUGUGAAAUAUGUGGCAGGACGUACACCACAACAUCAAAUUUGAACAAGCAUUGUCGCACCCACACAGGUGUUCUCUAUUUCUGUAGCCACUGCAAAAAAGGCUUUAGAUAUAAAGAGAGCCUGAAGAAACAUGAAAAAAUUCAUUUGCCCGAAAAGAGUAAGAAAAGUGAUCAUGGGUGCAGGUACAGAUGUCAGUAUUGCCACAAAACUUUCCCCGGUAAACUCAGAUUAAGUAUUCACUUCCGUUCGCAUCCCUGGAAAAAACCUACAAGUGUGAUCAGUGUCAACGAACCUUCCUCUACAAAAGUGGAUUAAAACGACACAUGCUUUCACA